AUGGCGUCUGAGAGCAAACGGGGCGGUACCUCUAUUAUUCACAAUGAUUCAGAGCAAUCUGAAAGUGAGAACGAGAAGGAUGAACUUCUCAUUGAAGCUUUUCAGGCUCGGCGAACCCAAAAUAUGCAAUUCGAGGCCCUAUUGUCUCAAAGAGCAAAUGAUGACACAAUUCAGCAGACCAAAAAGGGACAGCUUGAUAGGCCGGACGACGAGCUCACCAUAGCUAGCUUGGUGGCAAAGAAAGACUCUGGUACCGGUAGCCUGGACCCUCGUGCUUACCAGAUCGAGUUGUUUGAGCGAUCAAAAACUCGUAAUAUCAUUGCAGUCCUUGAUACCGGCUCCGGAAAGACCCUCAUCGCGGUGCUUUUGCUCAAGCAUAUGUUGCAACAGGAGCUGAUCGAACGGUCUCUUGGCAAGCAUCACCGUGUGGCCAUUUUCCUAGUCGAUAGUGUAACUCUGGUGUUCCAACAAGCAGCUGUUCUCCGGAACAACCUGAGCCAGGAAGUUGGCCAUCUCUAUGGUGCCAUGGGCCCAGAUCUCUGGGACCAACAAACAUGGGAGAGGCACCUCGAAGCAAACAUGGUCAUUGUGUGCACAGCUGAAAUUAUCCAUCAGGCGCUACUCAAUGCAUUUGUCAAAAUGAACCAAGUCAACCUGUUGAUUUUUGAUGAGGCCCAUCAUACGAAGAAGGAGCAUCCAUAUGCACGAAUCAUUCGUGAUUCUUACCUCAAGGUCGAUGCGUCAGAACGUCCAAAAAUCUUUGGGAUGACAGCCUCUCCGAUCGAUGGUAAAGUUAACGUUAUAGAAGCCGCCAGCCAGAUUGCAACGACCUCUAACCUGUCUUCCCUGCGGACAUUUAUCAGAAAGCCGACAGAGGAGACAUGGACCUACAAGAAACUCAAAAGUCCCUUUGAAACAUCUCUUUACAAGAGAAUAAAGGAUGAUUUUGGAGACUUGAAAGCUCUUGAGCCCAUUUUCCGAUCGACUAUGAAUGCUAGCUCAGAGCUGGGAAUCUGGUGCGCUGAUAAAAUCUGGGCCAAGGCUCUUGCGGAAGAUGUCAUACCGAAGCUAGAGGGCACUAUGAACAAGGAGUCCAGCCAAGGUUUAAGCGCCCAUGCUGGUGUCGUCAGAGAUACCCAGCGAGUCAAGGCUGUCUGCCAGACUGUGCAAGAGCAUCCAUUUCAACACCCCUUGGAAUCGGGUCAACUAAGUUCCAAGGUGGAACUUCUCUUGGCCAUCCUAACCCAUCAUUUUAGUCGGUCAAAAGAGACGAAGUGUAUCGUUUUCACUGCGCGACGCAAUACUGCCAAAAUCUUGAUGCAAUUGUGUGAUGAAUUGGGAGUCCCAAACAUUCGCCCUGGUCUGCUGGUUGGUGUUCGGAAUUCCGACUUCACAGGAUCAACCACGUUUCGUCAACAAUUUCUUGCUCUGGUCAAAUUUCGAAAGGGUGAAAUCAACUGCUUGUUUGCAACAUCAGUUGCUGAAGAGGGUCUUGACAUUCCAGAUUGCAAUCUUGUCGUAAGGUUCAAUCUCUAUCAUACCAUGAUUCAAUACAUUCAGAGCAGGGGUCGUGCAAGACACGAGGAGUCAGUCUAUGUGCACAUGAUCGAGAUAGAAAAUGACCACCAUCAGAAGCGUCUUCAAGAAGUUCAGCAGGCAGAGAAGCUGAUGCAGGCAUUCUGCAGCGCGCUCCCUAGGGAUCGGCUCCUUCUGGGAGAUGAGGUAGACAUAAAUAAGGUCUUCGAAAAAGACGAAGGGAAAAGGACCUACACUAUUCAGUCGACGGGAGCAAAGUUGACUUACACCCAUGCCAUCAAUGUCCUCUCGCGCUAUGCAGCAUCUUUGCAAUAUGAGAAAGAGAUUUCUGCUUGCGCAACUUUCUUUACGGUUGCAAAAGGAGGAUCCUUCGCCUGUGAAGUGAUUCUACCGGAAAAGUCGCCAAUCCGAGGACUGAUAGGAAGAUUGGAAUCGACAAAGAUAAUGGCGAAGCAGUCAGCUGCAUUUGAUGCGUGUAUGCUAUUGAGAAGAAGGCAUCUUCUCGAUGACAAUUUCAAGUCCGUCUAUCACAAACGACUCCCAGCUAUGCGCAACGCCAAGCUCGCAAUUUCGUCGAAGAAGACUAACCAGUACACCAUGAUUUGCAAGCCAUCCAUCUGGAAGAAAAACCAAGGAGGCUUGCCUGAUAAAGUUUAUGGUAUGAUCUUCAAAUUUUGUCCCAAGGAGCCCCUAGAUCGUGUUCAUGAUAGCAUUAUACUCCUGGCCCGAGUACCGCUUCCACAGAUCCCUUCAUUUCCUAUAUACCUCGAAAACGACAAGGAAACCAGCAUUCAAGCCAUAGUGCUUGACACACCACUUUCGGUCAUCACCGAAGAUCUUGCCUGUUUUUCUCAAUUCACAAUUGCUGUUUUCCGUGACGUGUUUCACAAGACAUUUGAACCCGUACUGGAGAAAUUCCCCUACUGGCUGGCUCCAAUCAGAUCGGAUGCCCAGGAUAUCUGUUCUACCGAUUCACCGCGGGAUAUUAUUGACUGGAACACUUUAAAUUUCGUGAAUGAGAACCAUGAAAUUAAAUGGACGAAGGAAAUGGAACCGAGGUCUCUUUUGAAUCGUUUCAUCUAUGAUGGCUGGGAUGGAAAGAGACGUUUCUUUCCACUCAGUGUCGAAACUACACUCCGUCCUUCAGAUCCCCCGCCUUCCUACGCUCCUCGUCGAAAGUGGAUGAAAGACAUCAUGAAUUACUCUCUAAGUCUUUCCAAAAACUCCCGACUAAGAGCCCUGGAAGGCGUGGACUGGGAUCAGCCAGUAUUCCAGGCGGAAUGUGUUUGCCUGCGAAGGAAUUUCCUGGACAAGGCCACAGAAGCGGAAAAGGCAGAAGUGACGAGGUUAGCUCUUUGCCUAGAGCCACUUAUGAUUUCUGCGAUCCCCAUACCAAUCGUGACUUCAUGCCUGGCUUUUCCUGCUAUAAUGAACAGGCUCGAGUCUUACAUGAUCAUAUUGGAGGGCUGUCAGCAUCUAGGUCUGGGCAUUAGACUGGACUAUGCAUUGGAGGCUUUCACGAAAGACUCAGACAACACUGAAGAACAUCGUGCUCUCCAGGUUCAUGUCCAACGAGGCAUGGGAAAGAACUAUGAGCGACUUGAAUUCCUGGGCGACAGUUUUCUGAAGAUGGCGACUUCCAUCUCGCUUUUCUGCCAAAACCCGGAUGAUGAUGAAUAUGAUUACCAUGUCAACCGAAUGUGUCUCAUCUGCAACAAAAACUUGUUCAACGCUGCCACUAAUAUCAACCUCUAUGCCUACAUUCGGAGCCGUGGCUUCUCAAGGCACACAUGGUAUCCACCAGGACUUGAGCUUCUUCAUGGUCGGAACUACCUUCGGCAUCUUGAAUCUGAAAGCAGCCAUGCCCUGGGCGAAAAGACAAUUGCGGAUGUCUGCGAGGCGCUCAUCGGAGCUUCAUUGCUCACGGGAGGCGAGAAUAGCCGAUUUGACAUGGCAAUCGAAGCAGUGACUAUUUUCGUGGACAGUGGGAACCACAAAGCAAGAAGCUGGGGUGACUAUGUGUCAUCAUACGUCAAGCCAUCCUACCAACUCAAAAGUGCUGAUGGCUUCGAGAUUGAUCUCGCCAACAGGAUUUCUCAAGAUUUGGGCUAUCGAUUCCAGUAUCCCGCUCUGCUCCGUUCCGCCUUCACCCAUCCCUCCUAUCCCUCUGCAUGGGCUAAAGUGCCUUGCUACCAGCGAUUGGAGUUCCUCGGAGAUGCUCUACUGGACAUGGUAUGCAUCGAGGACUUGUUUGCACGAUUCCCAGACAAGGAUCCACAGUGGUUGACUGAGCACAAGAUGGCUAUGGUAUCAAACAAGUUCCUGGGCGCACUUGCAGUGAAGUUGGGACUGCAUCGCCAUCUCCAGCAUUUCAGCAACCCUCUCCAGUCAGGCGUCACCCAGUACGCUGAGGAUAUUCAGAUCGCCGAGGAAGAAAGCAAUGGAAUUAUGGACUAUUGGCUUGGGACCAAAGAUUCCCCAAAGUGUCUGCCGGACAUGCUUGAGGCAUACCUAGCGGCAAUUUUUGUCGAUUCAGGUUUCGACUACACGGUCAUUGAAACUUUCUAUAGCCGUCACAUCAAGCCAUACUUUGUCGACAUGUCCUUAUACGACACCUUUGCCAACAAACACCCGACGACAUAUCUAUACACCCAGUUGACGAACGUCUAUGGCUGCAUAAACUAUUGUCUGAAGUCGGGUGAGCUUCCAGUAGUGGAUAACGAGCAACCAAUCAUCCUCGCUGCCGUCAUGAUACACGGAAUCUGUGUUGCAGAUUCUACCGGAACGUCAAGCCGAUAUGCCAAAGUCCGGGCGAGUGAAAGGGCUUUGGAUGCAAUAAGUGGGAUGCUCCGGGAUGAUUUCCGCAAAAGGUAUGGCUGUGAUUGCCGUGCCUCUGAUAUCGGGUAUGUGAACAGCGCCGACACUGGAACUGCGAUUUGA